AUGGAGAAGUUACUUUUAAACCAGCAGAAUAAACCGCGGUUACUGGAAAUUAUACAACACAUCAAAAAUGCAAAGAACGUCGUUGUAAUCGCUGGAGCUGGAAUAAGUGUGUCAGGUGGCAUACCUGAUUUCCGUUCUCCUGAUGGUUUGUUCGCAGAGAUUAUGAAACAAUAUCCCGGAGUUUUCUCCUCGGGUCGCGAUUUAUUUGAUGGGUCUAGAAUUUUUUCUUCAUCAAGAUCAAUAACGACAUUUUAUAAAUUUAUGGCUUUGUUAAAGCAACAAGUUGUUAAUGCGAGAGUAACAGCCACCCAUCGACAUUUCGCAAAGCUCAAUAAUAUGAAUAAGCUUUUGCGAGUAUAUUCACAAAAUGUAGAUAACUUGGAGGAGCGUGCUGGUCUCCCUGUAAAUGAUUGUCAUAAUACACGGUCUUCUGAACGUAUUGUCAAAUUACAUGGUGAAAUCGACAAUGUAUGGUGUAAUAUAUGUCAUAAAACUUUCCCAUUUUCAUCCGAUGUUAUCAAUGCAUUUAAAGACGGCAUUCCUCCAGAAUGUCAAUAUUGUAUGGAACAAGCGGAAAAGGCAAGAAUAUCUGGUAAAAGAAUACGAAAAACCAGAAUUGCAAUGCUUCCCAGACCCAAUAUAUUACUAUAUAAUGAUUUUGAAAGGACAGUCGGAGAAGAAAUUGGUCGAAUCGCUCACCACGACCAGCGUAAGGCUGACUGUCUAUUGAUUAUGGGAACUUCGCUUAAGGUCUCCGGAUGUAAGAGUUUGGUUAAGGACUUUUCUAAAGCGGUUCACAGUAGAGGUGGUAAAGUAAUAUUCGUUAAUACAACCGAAGUGACGUCAAAUAAUUGGAAAGAUGUAAUAGACGUUCAUAUUCAAGGGGCGUCUGAUGAAUGGGCCGAGCUCGUUGAGGCUGAGCUCGAAAAGAAAGAGCCAACAAGCAAGAGGAGAAAGCGAGCGCGCGAAGAAAAUAAUGGAGAGAAACCGAAAAGCGUAGGAAGAAAACGACAAAAACCUGAAGAUAAAGUUUCAAGGGUUAGAACCCUCCAAUUGAAAUCAGGGAAAAGAAGCAAGACUCAAGAGGAAGGUGAAGAGAAGGAACUAACGACCAUGAAGGGAAAAAAACGAUGUAAGCCCACUGAUGAUGACAAUAUAAGUGCGGGAGUGGGCAAGGUAGGCAAGGGGAACCAACCUCGGCAACUAAAGCCGGGAAGGCGCGGCAGUAAGGCACCGGUUGUUGUGGUGGUUCUGGAAACCGACACACCAAAAGUAGAAAACAUAGAAUGCUAUAAUAAAAUUAGAGAUUCAAAAGAACUUUUAGGUUAUUUAGAUUUAUAA